UCUGCAGCCGCCUUGUGCAGUCACCGCACAACCUCUCAGUGAUCGACUGAAAUGGACAACGACUCCAUCCUUCAAAGCGCCAGUGAGCUGCAGACUGCUUACGAAAAUACCAACAUACAUCUGGCGAGCUAUGCCGCAUUGUUCAAUGCUCACGCGGAGGAGAACGAGAUUGACGUUAAGGAUCCCGCUGUGACAGCCCAAGAUCUCGCCAUACAAACGGCUUUUCUGCGCAAACUGAAGUUUCGGUAUCUCGAACAGAAUGCCAAAUCCAAGUAUGUGACUGCUAUCGUGAGCGACAUCGACGACGCUACGAUUGUGACUGCCGAAGACAAUAAAGAGCUGGAGGCUAUAUGUGAAGAGAAGAAGGAAAAAUUGCGCACGGCCAAGGCAGGAUUAGCUGACGCACGGGAUCAGCUACGGGUAGGGGAACUUGAGGUCGAACGAAAAUACAGCAAACUCAAGGACGCAGCUACCAGGGCUGCUGUUUUGCGCCAGAAGAUCAUCGACGCACGCCUCGCCCUUACCCGGAUCCGUCACAGCCACCCCGAGCCGCGCUUGACGAUCUCUGCCGCCGAACAGCGACUAUCUGAACAAGUGGACGCGAUGCAAACGCUCAGUGACCGCAUAGAACAGAGGAAGAAAGACGUCCACGACAUCAAGGGUAAGGUGAAGGCGGGCACACAGGCACUGGAGACGUUAAGGGCCGAUCGAGCUGAGGUGGAGAAAGCGGUCAAGGCGGCAGGUGUGAAUGAGGACGACAGUCGUUUGAUGCCUAUCUAUGAACAGCAUAUCGUCUUGCUUGGCUUAUUGCGCAAAAGCGGGUUCAUCAUGGAAGAAUUCCAGAGUGUGUCCGACAACGAAGUGCGAUUAAGAUAUCUGAUCGGGCGGCGGAAAAUCACAGUGGAACUGCUGUAUAAACCCAACACGACGCAGCUGGGUAAGGCGAGCGUGCUGGGUAUGGAAGAUCUGGAGGUUGAUUUGUCGGAGCUGGUGGAGGAGCGUGUUCUUGCCAACGAUGCGCCAGGGUUGAUAUCUGCUGUACACGCUUUGGCUCGCGCGGCAGCUUAACAACCCAUUUGCUGAAUUCAUCAUCGAGUCAUCCUGUGAUGCGGUUGUGGCUUCAACACACGUGCCUUUGUAAUAUUGUAUCUAGUCCCUGUAUUACUAUUGUCUAGGUGGUUCUGGCGUGAAUAUUGCCAUGCAGACCGACUCGACCUUCAUUCGGCACAUAUACGUCCUACUGGUGUAACAAUGAAACGCUUUCUUGUAACCAAGAAAGUUGCUCGGAUAUGCACAUCAUUUGAUCGUGUAUCAGCUGUUAUCAUUCGGAUCAAUGCUUAAUCACACUAGACCGAUCUAUGUCAGUCCAACGAUCUGUCAGAACUUACGUCUCAUACCGCCCGCGCUCCCACCGCGCGCCACGCGAUCUUUCCUUUUUCUUCCUUGUUCUAGGCGACAAACGGAGAGGACAGAGCACAGACCACGAAGCGAAUCAUCGGACUGUCUCGUAAGCUCAUUCUCUGACAUCACUCUGGACGUCAAGUGCACAUAGGGGGAACGCGUCUCACACUCACCCAAGAUAGUCAGUCGCGUGCUUCUUCUGCUCUCCAAACAGUUAUACCCCGGCGUCGAGUUAUGUGAUGGCGCCCAAUUUUCUCUCGAAACUGGUCAAGGCCCCCGCAGCAACGCACCCGAGAGAUCGCUCCCUUAGCUCAUCGUCCCCCAUUUCGCCAUCCGACACUCGUAGCCAAUCGCCAUCGACUGUGGAGUCUUCGUCACGGAAUGGUUCGACCCUUGGUCACUCUGGUCGCAGCAGUGGGAACCCUAGCGUGACAGUCAUCCCACCAUCGCCUGUCGUGGCCAAUGAUGCGAGUCCCGAGCAUCCCGUGCCGCCAAAACCAGCAGCAGCUGCGCCUCCCAUCGAAGGACUUCCUGCUACCACUCCAUCGCGCCCACCUACUCCAAAGGGAUCCAAGUCGAGUCAAGUGCCAACACCUCCGCCUCCCCCGCUUCGCACGCAAUCUUCCAAUAAGUCGCUGAAACGACAGCAAGUGACGAACGCGCAACCCCCAGCUGUGCCAAAUCUGCCGGAUCCGGCAGCCUCUGCUGAGGUGCGCAAGGGCAGACCUGAACUCGUUGACUCUCCUCCGCCAACAAGGUCCCGAGAAAUGAGUCCAGUGUCGUCUAUGGGUGGAUCCCCUCCUCCGAGCCGCCGAGACACUGAUGUGUUCUCGGUCACAUCCUCCAAGGGUGGAAAGAGCAAGUCGCCGUCCCGGCCGUGGAAACGCAGCGUCCCGAAGAAGCCCGUUGGCUUGGCUGGCGCGCUGGCAGCGACAGGGCUGGCAAUGGCGAACCACGGCAUGUCAGUAGACCACCAGACGACGAUGAACCCCCAGGUCAUGAACACUGGCGAGGCGAGCGGAGGCGGCCCGUCCCUCGUGACGUCUCCUCUGCAGAGUCCGCAGAUGUCGGCCCGCCGCAGAGCGACUAGCACCGCCAGCCCAGAGCCGGCAGCGUCCCGACAUCGCAGACAGAACACGAGCACCAGUACCAAAUCUGGCGACAAACGCGAGCACCGGCGGAGACAGACGACGGGCUCGGCCGUGAGCCACGAGGAUGCAGAUGAGCAUCAAGGAGCAUACUAUUCCGGUCUGGAGGACAGUUCUGACGGAAACACGACUGAUACGGAAGAUGACGACGAAAGUGGACUGGAUCUGGAUCUUGGAGAGGAUGAUAUUCCGGUGACCGGUUUCGCAGUCGCCAGCAAUAAACGAAAUGCCGACUUUCACGAACUGUUCCCGGGCAUCCCAGAAGGGGAUUAUCUUAUUGAUGACUAUGGAUGCGCUCUACAGCGCGAUAUUCUUGUACAAGGACGAAUCUACGUCUCUGAGAACCAUCUCUGCUUUCACGCCAACAUUUUUGGCUGGGUCACUGAUUUAACGAUUUCCAUUUAUGAAAUUACGACCCUGGAGAAGAAAGUAACAGCUUUUGUUAUACCCAACGCUAUUCAUGUGGUCACCCCGCGGGCGGACUAUACCUUUGCUUCCUUCUUGUCCCGCGACACGACUUUCGACGUCAUUCACAACAUCUGGCGACUGGUCCGCCCCAGUGACGCCAUCUCUAUCGGCUCAGGCUCCGUUGCAAACGACACGGGACUGACAAUCCCCGAAGGCACCCUCAUCGGAUCGGGUCCCGCAGCAGCAAAUGAGCACAAGGCAACGGUCUGCGCGUGUGGCAAACAGGGAGCUCACUUCUCAGAGACGGCCCUCGAGAUUGUCAUACCUGGUACUCCUGAACGGAUCUACAACUUGAUCUUCGCCAGCGGAUUUAUCAAAGAGUUUAUGGCUGUAAAUCAGAAACUGACUGACAUCCAGGUAUCGGACUGGUCUCCUGCUACGCCCGGGUCGAAGCUGCUCACUCGCAACAUGUCGUAUAUCAAACCUCUGAACGCGAGCCUGGGGCCCAAGUCGACGAAAUGCGAGAUCCGAGACGAGCUUGCACACAUCGAUUUCGACGAUUAUGUGUCGAUGCUGACAACCACUCGGACACCUGAUGUGCCCAGUGGCGGCGUGUUUUCUGUCAAGACGCGAACGUGCAUUAUGUGGUGCACGUCGUUCUCGACCAAGGUUGUGGUCACUACUCAGGUGGACUGGACCGGGCGUAGCUUCAUCAAGGGCAUCAUCGAAAAGUCGGCCAUCGACGGCCAGAAGGUGUACCACGGUGAUCUGGACAAGGCGAUGCGAGGGUACAUCAAAGAGCAUCAGUCUGAGUUCAUGCCAGAGGGCGUGGAUCUGGCAGCCGCUGCUGUACCCGAGCUUGCGGCCGAGGCCUCGACCGCCGCAGUCAAUGUCGCAGAGCCCACCGAACAAGAGAAACGCAAAGCACGCCAGGGUCGCGGUCUACAAUGGGCCUGGGACACGUUCGACGGCGCCUACCGUGUCGCCAAGACGAGCACCAAAGGAGCACUCGAGCUCCUGCGCGAUGCCUGGGACAACUCAAACUCGACCAGCAUCCUCUACGUGCUCAUAUUUGUGCUCUUGCUGAGUAACAUUUGGACGUACAUGCGCAUGGGCUCAGCCGCGGAGAAGACUCAAAGGAGGCACCGCGAGCGCGUCAGGAACGAGGAUCGCGAAGAGUGGGUCGCGGGUGUCGUCACUGCGCUGUGGGACGAGCUCUCGUCCGGGAAGAAGCUGCCGCCCACGGCCCAAGCUCCCUCUGCCUCGCUUCCAACCGAUGCCAAAGCAGAACUCGCGUCGAUUCUCAGUACUCUGGACUUGAUAGAUGAGCGGGUGAGGCUGGUCCGUUCCGGUCUGGCUGCGAUUGAAGCUCCAGCGAAAGUCGGGACAAUCGGGACGGAGCUUUGACGUAACAUAUCUACGAAGAGGUGUACGACGAACAAACCUGUAUUUUCAUCUUUGGUUUCCGCGCUGAGACACACGCCUUGUAAGCGGAAAGCAAUUCAUCAGGCAUUCAAGAGCUGCUUGUCUGUCCCGCCUCUUUGAAAGUCUGCAGGGCUGCCCAAGCUUUUCCAGACGUUAUGCUCUCCAAUGCCAGCUGCGUUCCAUUUGAAAUCCGUUGCGAUCCCGGCCACCACCAGCAACGCAGAUGCGUUGAUCAGCACGAAAUCCAACACAGCCUUCAUGGCCACUGGGAUGUCUUUUCCAGAUGUCAGCAACUUCUUGAACGUCUCUGCGUUCUCAGCAGGGGAUCCGCCGCCCACAGCCUUCAGAGGAUGGGUCUCGACCCCAAAGUCCGCCGGGGUGAGUGUGAGCUCGGUCACCCGUCCGUCCUUCAGCUCCCAGGCAUGGGUCGGGCCGGCACAGCUGAUCUCGUCGAGCUUCUCGAAACCACACACGACGAGCGCGUGGGAGACGCCGCCCUCGCUGAGCGACCGCGCGAACGUGCGCCCGAUCUCCGGCUCCGCGAUCCCGAGGACCAUGCCCUGCGGGCUGGCGGGGUUGAUCAGCGGCCCGAGGAUGUUGAACAUCGUGCGGAACGGGAGCGCCUUGCGGUACGGCGCGAUGAAGGCGAGCGCGGGGUGGUAGUGGGGCGCGAGGAUGAAUGUGAAGGGGACGCGGGGGAUGGGCGUCGUCGUCCCCGGCGUGGGCGCGGUGAAUGUGCAGCCCAGAGCCUGAAGUAGGUCCGCCGAGCCCGAGCUGGAGGUGGACGCGCGACUGCCGUGCUGCGGUGAUGCGUCAGGGACGUAUGGGGAGGUGCAAUCGAUCGCGCAUCAGACCUUGACUACUCGGGCACCGGCGCCCGCCGCGACUAUCCCUGCGGUCGUGCUUACGUUGAAUAGGUUGAAGCCAUCGCCUCCGGUGCCGACGACGUCUACGAUGAAAUCGCCUUCCCGAUCUUCGAUGGUGGCUUUGAGGGACCGCUCUCGCAAGACCGCCGCUGCUGCAGCUAGCGACUCCGGCCGCCUCUCGACACGGUGGAUGUGCAGCGCAGUCAAGAACGCGCCGAUCUGGACGGGGGAAACGGCGUCAGGCGUGAAGAGGUGGUUAAGCGCAAGAGUGAGAUCUUCUGGAGUAAAGUACUCGGGUGUCUGCACGAGCCUGUCGAGAAGAGGUUUAAACGAGUCUGAUGAGAAAGAAGCCAUGAUAAUGUGCGAAGAGAUCUGGGGGACGACUGUGAUGACUCGGAGAUCUUCAGUCGUUCGUGAUCGCGUCUAUUGACCCUUAUUUGGCCCGUGAGCAACUCACCGCUCACUCCGCUGACCAACACCGUUCACGACUCCGCAUGGCGCAAAAUGGGGACCUGUACAACCUCGAAUUCUUGUCGCUGGUCGCCAAAAUCGUGCAGGAAAUCGACAACCACACGGGCAUGAACGACAAGACGCUCGCCGAAUUUGUGAUCGCUCUCCACGAACAGUCGAAACAGAGCCUGCCCGCAUUCAAAGCCAAGCUCAAGGAAGUCGGCGCGGUGUUCCCAGACUCCUUCGUCGAGAAUGUGGACCGUCUCAUCCUGAGCAUGCACCCCAAGUACAAGAAGAAGCACAAGUCGUCCAAGGGGAAGGAAAGGCGUUGGAAGGGGAGCUGUCGGAGCAGGACAAAAAGAAGCGGAUGCUGCCCGGGCUGGCGAUGAAGGACACGGAACCCGUGCCGCUCCCGGAUGAUGUGUUUCUGCAGGAGCUUGGGGACCUCGUUGCGGGCAGGAAGAGGCCGGCCGACUCGGAACGGUCUCCCAAACGACAGCGACGUGGUCGCUCCACUUCCCCGAGGAGACGAAGUCCCAGUCCGCCUCGAGGCGGGUACGGGCGGAACCAGGGCAGGAAUGAGAGACGCACGCUGGAUGACCGACCCGUGUUGUACAAGAUCUACGACGGCAAGGUGUCGGGCAUUCGCGACUUUGGGGCUUUUGUGACACUCGAAGGUGUCAAUGGACGGACAGAAGGCAUGAUCCAUAUAUCUAACAUACAAACUGGACGUGUUAACUCUGCGUCCGAUUUCCUCAGUCGCGGUCAACCGGUCAAAGUCAAAGUCAUGAGUCUCGCCGGAAACCGGAUCGGUCUCUCGAUGAAGGACGUCGACCAAGUGACCGGUCGUGAUCUCUCACCACACCUCAAGAUCCAGACGGAGGCUGAGAUGAUUGAGCAGGAGCAAAAACGCAUGUCGUAUGCGUCCUCAGGCGCCAACGCUGUCCCUCUUCGAUCGGGGAACGACCGCCCCGUCAAUGACGCACCUAUCCGCUCCGCCAAGCGCCUAACCUCACCUGAGCGAUGGGAGCUCAAACAGCUCAUAUCCUCCGGUGCACUGGACGCGUCUGAGUAUCCCGAACUCGACGAAGACCUGCACAACCCCGCCGUUCGGGGCGAGAUCGACGAAGAGUUGGAUGUCGAAGUGCGAGAAGAAGAGCCACCGUUCCUUGCGGGGCAGACUAAGCGCACGCUGGAGCUCAGUCCGGUGAAGAUCGUCAAGGCGCCAGAUGGGUCGCUGAAUCGUGCUGCACUGAGCGGGGCGUCGCUGGCCAAAGAACGGAGAGAACUGCGCCAGCAUGAAGCCAACGAAGAAGCCGAUUCGCAUGCCAGGGACUUUACCCAACCGUGGCUCGAUCCGAUGGCGACUGAUGCGGACAAGAUGUUUGCUCAGGAUAUGCGCGGCAACCUCAAGGGCCAGCGGGCGAGCGAAGUCCCGAAGUGGAAGGAGUCGACGUUCAACAAGGCGACGACCUUUGGAGAGAUAACCAAUCUCAGCAUUCAGGAUCAGCGCAAGAGUCUGCCGAUAUUCAAGCUACGGGAGCAGUUGCUGGAAGCCGUAGCCAAGCAUCAAGUCCUCAUUGUCAUUGGAGAAACCGGAUCAGGGAAGACCACACAAAUGGUGCAAUACCUUGCUGAGGCCGGGUAUGCCGAAAAAGGCCGCAUUGGCUGCACCCAGCCACGUCGUGUGGCAGCCAUGUCGGUUGCCAAACGUGUGGCCGAGGAAGUCGGGUGCCGUCUGGGCCAAGAGGUUGGGUACCUGAUCCGUUUCGAGGACUGCACGAGUCCCGACACCCGGAUCAAGUACAUGACCGAUGGGAUGCUGCAGCGCGAGUGUCUCAUCGACCCGCUGUGCAGUCAGUACUCGGUGAUCAUGUUGGACGAGGCCCACGAGCGGACCAUCUCGACAGACGUUCUCUUUGGUUUGCUGAAGAAAACUAUCAAGCGACGUCCUGACAUGAAGCUGAUCGUGACAUCCGCCACGCUCGAUGCGGAAAAGUUCUCCAAGUACUUUUUCGGAUGUCCCUUGUUCACGAUUCCUGGUCGGACCUAUCCUGUGGAGAUCUUGUACACCAAGGAUCCCGAAAGCGACUAUCUAGAUGCCUCGCUCAUCACGGUGAUGCAGAUCCAUCUCUCGGAACCUCCCGGCGACAUUCUGCUCUUUCUGACUGGGCAGGAGGAGAUCGACACGGCGUGCGAGAUCCUGUUCGAGCGCAUGAAAGCGCUGGGCCCCAAAGUCCCUGAGCUGAUCAUCCUGCCCAUCUAUUCCGCUCUGCCCUCGGAGGUGCAGUCGCGCGUGUUCGAGCCCACGCCACCGGGUGCGCGGAAGGUGGUCAUCGCCACGAACGUCGCGGAGACCAGUCUGACGAUCCCGGGCAUCUACUACGUCGUGGACCCGGGCUUCGUGAAGCAGAGCGCGUACGAUCCGAGGCUGGGCAUGGACUCGCUCGUGGUGAUGCCCAUCUCGCAGGCCCAGGCCCGGCAGCGUGCCGGCCGCGCCGGCCGCACAGGGCCCGGGAAGUGCUAUCGGCUGUACACCGAGGCUGCGUUCCGCAACGAGAUGCUGCCGAACUCGGUGCCCGAAAUCCAGCGGACGAACCUUUCGUCGACGAUCCUCCAGCUGAAGGCCAUGGGGAUCAACGACCUGCUGAGCUUCGACUUCAUGGACCCGCCGCCGGCGGACACGAUGCUGACGGCGCUCGAGGCGCUGUAUGCGCUGUCGGCGCUCGACGACGAGGGGCUGCUGACGCGGCUGGGGAGGAAGAUGGCUGACUUUCCGAUGGACCCGGCGCAGGCCAAGAUGGUCAUCGCCUCUGUCGACCUCGGGUGCUCGGAGGAGAUUCUGUCGAUCGUGGCGAUGCUGUCCGUGCAGACGGUGUUCUAUCGCCCCAAAGAGAAGCAGGGCCAGGCGGACCAGAAGAAGGCGAAGUUCCACCAGCCGGAGGGCGACCACCUGACGCUGCUGACGGUCUACAACGGCUGGAAGCAGGCCAACUUCUCGAAUCCGUGGUGCUACGAGAACUUUAUCCAGGCACGGAGCAUGCGGCGGGCGCAGGACGUGCGGAACAGCUGCUCGGGAUCAUGGACCGCUACAAACACUCGAUCCUGUCCGCCGGGCGCGACUACAACACCGUGCGCAAGGCGAUCUGCUCCGGGUUCUUCCGGAAUGCAGCGAAGAAGGACCCGCAGGAGGGCUACAAGACGCUCGUCGAGGGCACGCCGGUGUACAUCCACCCGUCGUCCGCGCUGUUCAACCGGAACCCCGAGUGGCUCGUGUACCACGAGCUGGUGCUGACCACGCGCGAGUACUGCCACAACGUGACCGCGGUCGAGCCCAAGUGGCUCGUCGAGGUCGCGCCGCAGUUCUUCCGCGUCGCGGACGCGAACAAGAUCAGCAAGCGCAAGAAGCAGGAGAAGAUCGAGCCGCUGUACAACAAGUACGAGAAGCCGGAUGAGUGGAGGCUGUCCAAGGCGAAGAGCAGCGCCCGUUCGAGCCAGACGUUUGGUUAGCCAGUUAUGUAUGUAGAACAUGUGCAAUUAUGCGUGAAACCCGCCCUCGGCCACCGAGAAAGAUAUUGCUGGGAGCUGAUCCUGAACCACAUCGUGUGUGAGCUGACUGACCGCGCGGGCUCAAGGAGGAAGGCUAUCAAUACAAUCAGGAGUAAGUGCGCAUCAUCUUCCACCCAGGCGCUGCUCGAGCUCCAUAUGAUCCGAAUCUGCGAGCACAAGUCAAGGCUAGAAGGAGACAGACAAGCCCUUGGGCGCACAAUAUCCGGUACCAGCGGUGUUCGCCGUCUCGGCCUGGCUUACAUACGUCGAAAAGACACCAUGGGCCGGAGCAUCGGUCCCGCUUCCCAGAGACAUGCUUGUGGUUCCGGUGCCGUGCGAUGCCGGCAUUUUCUGGAGUCCUGGGUCGCGCAGGUUGAGCAUCAGCCGGGAUAUCAUGACAGAGGAUAUCCUGUGCUGGCGUUAGCUGCACCGAAGGAGCCGUAGAGUAGACGACGACGACGUACGUGCUGGUGAAUGUGGCGAGCACACCCUUGGUAUAGGGCUGUUGGUUGCAAGAUGAGCAGGCGACUAGGAAAUCGGAUGUGAACAUAAUAUCCACCUUGCCCAUCUGCGCAACAUUAGCUUCCGGCGUGACGCAUGAAGAGGCCCAACGCUUACGAAGAAGGUCAGGAUAUUGGCGACGUUGAUGAGAACCAUAACGCUGCAACCAUCAAGCACAGAACGCAUCGACACGAAAGCCGAACGCACCCGAAAUAGAUCGCACCUGGGAAGACACACUCAGAAGCUGAUCGACGAGACGAGAAACGCACCCGCAACGCACCAUCACGAAGCAGCACCGUCAAUAAUUGGAAGCCCAGCGCCCGCCGACGGCUCAGCGCGCGGUACAGCGUCAGCACGAAGAUCACGCAGUCGAACAGCAUCAUGCUGGACCACGCGAUCGCAAGCCCCGCGGCCCUGCAAGUCGUCGUCCGCGUCAGCCCCGGCGGUGGGUUGCAUCUCAGCACGGACAGCACGUACUGGGAACGGGUGACACCAGCCGCGCACCCGCGGUCCAGAUCGAGCGGCGGCAUCUUGACAUCGGCGGCCGUCGUCGGGCCUGCUACGACAGCCCACUGGCGCAGAAUGAUUCAGCCAGCAGGCGGGGGCAGGAGGAGGAGGAGCGGAUGCCCAGCGGACGCACGUACCACGGCCACAGCGAUGACCAGGGCCGCGACGCCCACGACGAACCCGAGCACGCGCCUACUGCGUUCGUAGAGGGCGUAGGUCCGGAGAAUCAGCAUGACUGGGGACGCAGUCAACAAUUCCGUGGGACGGGCAGCAGGGGGGGACACAGGACACACCCCCGAUGAUGAUCUGGAUGACCAGCGAGAAGAAGCUGUGGUACAUUUCCAGCACGUCGCAUCUACGGACCAGGGUUCAUUCCAGCAUCCUAUGCAAAUACAGAUAACACACGGGUGCUGACUCACAUCUACUGGGACGAGACGACGACGCAGUCAGUUCACCCAAGCCCUGCCGCGCGAGCGAUCCGCCACGCACCGCGAAUUUCCGCGGCGAGCUCUCCGCGGCCCAGAAGUUCUGCAUCACCACCGGGACCAUCCCGAACAACGUCCCGUACCGGUUCAGGAAGAAGAGGACGCUGGGGGCCGUGCACCGCAGCCCCCAGUACCGCGCGACCUCCCAUUCGAGCGUGAGGACGUAGUCGUAGUACAGGAGCGCUGCAAGGCGCGUCACGGCGCGUCAACACACACACACACAUGGCACCAGACGCGGGACGCACUGAACGACACGAGGCUGCUGUAGUAGUUCCAGUUUCUGCGCGCAGACAGACGGGUCAGGUUCGGAUGGGGCGCUGGGGGAGAGGUAGGGCGCGCACAGUUGCUCCUGGGUAUCUGCAGCGCUCAUCGGGCGCCAAAGGACAUGGAAGGGCACGGCAGGCAAGCAAGCGGGGUCAGCUUUCACGGGGCCACAUCGAUGUACUGUGGCGCCGAGUAAACCCUGCCGCGGAAGAAGCACCUCACGUGGCUGGCCAGCCAAUCGGGUGCAUGGACCGUUCCUUCCGGUUACGUAACAGUUCUUCUCGACUUUUUGAUCACUUGAUCGUCGUCGUCAAUCCUAUCAUAGAACUCGUACUUGGAGGAAAUGGAUUAAAAAAUGUUGCCUGG